CAUCAGAGUUCCAGGCCCCCAGGAUCUGCAGGGAGGACCAGACACCCCUGAUUGCAGGAAUGUGCUCCCUCCCCAUGGCAAGAUACUACAUAAUUAAAGAUGCAGACCAGAAGGCUGUCUACGUGAGAGACAGCCAGCUCUUGGUGGGAGAUCCUGAAGCAGACAACUGUUGUGCAGAGAAGAUCUGUGUACUUCCCAACAGAGGCCUGGACCGCACCAAGGUCCCCAUCCUCCUGGGGAUCCAGGGAGGCAGUCGCUGCCUGGCAUGUGUGGAGACGGGAGAGGGGCCUUCCCUGCAGCUGGAGGACGUGUGCAUCGAGGACCUGUACAAAGGUGGCGAGCAGGCCACGCGUUUCACCUUCUUCCAGAGCAGCCUGGGCUCUGCCUUCAGGCUCGAGGCUGCUGCCUGGCCUGGCUGGUUCCUCUGUGGCCCGGCAAAGCCCCAGCAACCAGUACGUCUCACUGAAGAGAGUGAGCCCUCGGCCCGCACCAAGUUCUACUUUGAACAGAGUCGGUAGGAAGGCAGGAGGCUGAGUUCCAGCCUGGGCCCCUGCUCAGGGUCUGUGGUGGGCAGGAUAAUCUUUGGUGCCCUCCAAAGACAUCCACAUCCUAAUCUCAAGAACCUGUGACUAUGUCACCUGACAUGGCAAAAGGGACUUUACAAAUGUGAUUAAGAACCUAGAGAUGAGGAGACCAUCCUGGGUAAUCCAGGUGGGCCCAGUGGAAUCACAAGCGUCCUUAUGAGACGGAGGCAGGAGGGUGAGAAGCAGAGAGAGACUGGAAGAUGGAAUGCUGCUAAA